UGGAAAGGCUCUGCGUACUAAAACACUGAAGCACCAAACGUCGCCUUUUUCUUUUUGUUCACCGACUCGCUUUUCAUCGCUCGCUCCGGAACGGUCGGCCGGUACGGUGGGAAAAAGUUUUGACCCGAGAUUUCACCAGAUCCGGCCGCCGUGUCGCUCGAGAUCUGCAUCCUUCUCGACGGGGUUCCGAUGGAGGAGGCGCUGGAGAUGGUGCGGGUCAAGGACACCAAGGAGCGGAUGGCCGGGGUGGAGCGGCUCCGCCAGGUCCUGGAGGCUACAACCAGGAGCCUCUCCGCGGCCGAGGUCACUGCGCUCGUCGAUUCCUGCAUGGAUCUCCUCAAGGACAGCAACUUCCGUGUUUCGCAGGGCGCGCUCCAGGGGCUGUCCGCCGCCGCCGUGCUGUCUGGAGAGAAUUUGAAGCUUCAUUUCAAUGGACUUGUUCCGGCUGUCGUGGAGAGGCUAGGGGAUGGAAAACAGCCCGUGCGUGACGCGGCCAGACAGCUUUUGAUUACUCUUAUGGAGGUAUCAUCACCAACUAUCAUAGUUGAAAGAGCUGGUAGUUAUGCCUGGACACACAGAAGUUGGAGAGUGAGGGAAGAAUUUGCAUGGACUGUCACUGCAGCCAUUGGACUUUUUGCUUCAACUGAGCUACCCCUUCAGCGAGUUCUUCUACCUCACGUUUUGCAGUUGUUAACUGAUUCUAACCAAGGUGUAAGAGAAGCUGCUACUUCAUGUAUCGAGGAGAUGUAUGCCCAAGUUGGACCUCAAUUUUGUGAUGAAUUACACCGUCAUCAUCUUCCUUCCUCAAUGAUAAAGGAAAUCAAUACCAGGUUAGAAAAAAUACAACCAAAGCCUCAGCUGUCAGAUGGAGUUGGAAUUUCUUAUAUUUCAGCUGAAAUGAGGCCAUCAUUUGCAAACCAUAAGAAGAACAGUCCAAAGGCGAAGAUAGCUCAAAGAGAAACCUCAUUUUCUAGUGGUGACAAUGAGUCUGCUGAAAAGCCUCCGGUUCCUAUUAACGUGUUUUCAGAGAAGGAACUCAUUAAGGAAUUUGAAAAUAUUGCUUCUAUGCUUGUUCCAGAGAAAGAUUGGUCACUUCGCAUUGCUGCCAUGCAAAGAGUUGAAGGCCUUAUCUUCGGAGGUGCUAUAGAUUACAAAUCCUUUCCUACACUCCUAAAGCAACUAAUUGCUCCCCUUAAUACUCAGCUAUUGGAUCGGCGUUCUAGCAUUGUGAAACAGGCAUGCCAUUUGUUGAGCUUACUAUCAAAAGAGCUACUGGGUGAUUUUGAAUAUUGUGCUGAGAUCUUCAUUCCGGCACUUAUGAAGCUUGUUGUGAUAACUGUUCUUGUGAUUGCAGAGUCUGCAGAUAAUUGCAUUAAAACAAUGUUGCGAAACUGCAAAGUUGCCCGUGUUCUCCCUCGGAUAGCUGAUGCUGCAAAGAAUGACAAGAGUGCUGUUCUUCGGGCCAGGUGUUGUGAAUAUGCACUUCUGAUACUGGAGUACUGGGCUGAUGCUCCAGAAAUUCAACGUUCUGCUGAUUUAUAUGAAGAUCUAAUCAAGUGUUGUAUAGCAGAUGCAAUGAGUGAGGUGCGAUCAACUGCUCGAACAUGCUACCGGAUGUUUACAAAAACUUGGCCAGAGAGGUCUAGGUGCCUUUUCGUAUCAUUUGAUCCUGUCAUACAGAGGUUAUUGAAUGAAGAGAAUGGAGGAAUGCACAAACGAUAUUCUUCUCCUUCCCUUCGUGAAAGGGGAGCGCAAUUUUCUCGUGCUCCAUCUCAAUCCACGAGUAUAUGCAUGCCUGGAUAUGGUACCUCUGCAAUUGUUGCAAUGGAUAAGAGUUCAGUUAUUUCUUCAGGGACUAGCCUUGUGCCAAAAUCCAAAUCACUUGGUAAAAAUUCAGAGAGAAGCCUAGAAAGUGUGCUUCAUGCAAGCAAACAGAAGGUGCUAGCUAUUGAGAGUUUACUGAAAGGUAUUGGCAUGUCUGACAAGCAAAAUUUUGCUACUGCACGCUCCACAAGCUUGGACCUAGGUGUUAAUACUCUAUCUACCCGGGAUACACCACUUGCUACUAGUGUUUCCUCAAGUUCUUUUUCUGUGCAAAGUUCGCUAUUGGGUGAUUCAACCAUUGCAAGCAUUAGAAAAGCUAGUAACAGGAACGGUGGUUUAAAUAUGUCUGACUUAGUCAGUCAGGUUCAAUUAUCUAGAGAUCCAUCAAAACUCUCUUUCCUCAGUCAUGCAACACCUGCUUCCCUGACUUCUUUGUCUUCAUCACAUUUGAAAUGGUCAUCUGAAAGGUUGCAAGAUGGAAGUGGUAGCGAAAAUAAUGUUGAUCACAGGUUAUCUAGGCGACUUCCAAGUAUCCAAACUGAUAAACAUUAUCUGGAGACACCAUCUAAGGAUUCUAGCUAUAGGGAUUCACAGAAUCCUUAUGUCCCCAACUUUCAGCGGCCUCUUCUAAGAAAGCAGGUGACUGGAAAGGCCGUGGCAAAUGCUAGAAAUAGUUUGGAUGAUGGUCAAAUCCUAGCAAGUGAAAUGCCUAGCUAUAUAGAUGGUCCAACCACCCUUGGUGAGACACUUAAUGAGGGACUAAACCCCAGUUCAGAUUGGGUAGCAAGGGUUUCUGCAUUCAAUUACCUCUGGAGUUUGUUGCAGCAAGGCCCAAAAGGUGUUUUGGAAGUCACACAGAAUUUUGAGAAGGUUAUGAAGUUAUUUUUUCGAUAUUUAGAUGACCCUCACCAUAAAGUUGCACAGGCAGCAUUUAUCACCCUUGCUGAAAUUAUUCCAGCUUGCAAAAAGCCUUUUGAGAAUUAUCUUGAAAGAACCUUGCCCCAUAUUUUUGCUAGAUUAAUUGAUCCAAAGGAACUUGUAAGGCAACCAUGUUCUGCAACAAUUGAGAUAAUUGGCAAGACAUACAAUAUGGAUUCUCUUCUUCCUGCUCUUGUCCGCUCUCUUGAUGAGCAGAGAUCUCCUAAAGCAAAAUUGGCUGUCAUUCAGUUUGCAAAUAAUUCCUUUAAUAAACAUACAAUAAACUCUGAUGGUUAUAGUAACAAUGGAUUUCUUAAGCUAUGGCUUGCUAAGUUAUUGCCUUUGGCAAAUGACAAAAAUGUAAGAUUGAAGGAAACAUCCACAUCUUGCAUCAUAUCAGUUUAUUCCCAUUUUGAUGCAAUUGGAGUCUUGAAUUUCAUUUUGAGUCUUUCUGUUGAAGAACAGAACUUGUUAAGACGAAAACUUAAGCAAUAUACACCUCGUAUAGAGGUCGAGUUAAUGAACUACUUGCAGAAUAAGAAAGAACGUCAGCGUCCAAAAUCUUUCCAUGACCAGUCAAAUGUUGGAACUUCUGCUGAGGAAGACUAUGUUGGAGCUUCAAAGAAAGGUUUUUAUUGUGCAAAUUACUCAACUAGUUCAGUUGAUGGUGAGGUUGGGAAGAAGUUGAGUUCAACCCAGCAAUCGAUGCAGUUUGAUACUUACACCAUUCAUGCAACUUCUGAUGAGUCUCAUCAUCCUUCUCAGAAUGUUGAUGCUUGUGCUUGUGAUCCUUCAUCUCAAGAUGGGUUGGUGACUAAUUCCUCACAGAAAACAAAUUAUAAUAUUGAGCAUGAAAGUUCUCUGUUAACUCUGCAUCUAGACAUGAGUGAACUAGCCAGUUCUGAUGAACACAAAGCCAUUGAUAUGAAUGGUGGAAGUGAAAUUUAUGGAGAUCCUGAACUGAAUCAUAAUAAUCUUAAUUUUUUAAAAUCUAACAUAGAAGGAGAUAUGGGACCUAGCAUUCCACAACUUCUUCAUCAGAUUUGCAAUGUAAAUGAUGCGAACUCAAGUUCAGAGAAACGUGACACCUUGCAACAGCUGGCUGAAGUUUCAUUAAAGAAUGAUAGUUCUGUCUGGGCAAAGUAUUUCAAUCAGAUCUUGGCAGCUGUGCUUGAUGUGUUGGACGAUUCAGAUCCUUCAGUGCAGGAGCUGGCUCUUUCUGUGAUAGUUAGAAUGCUUGACAACCAGAAAAGUGAAAUGGAAGAUUCGAUUGAUAUUGUCACUGAGAAGUUGAUUCAUGUGUCUAAAGAUGAUGUUGUGAAGGUUUCAAAUGAAGCAAACCAAUGCCUGAAUAUUAUCUUGACGCACUUUGAUCCAUACAGAUUCCUAAGUGUUAUAGUUCCUCUAUUAGUCAGCGAUGAUGAAAAAAGUCUUGUUAUUUGUAUCAACUGUUUAACCAAGCUUGUUGGGCGGCUUCCUCAAGAAGAUUUGAUGAAGCAUUUGCCUUCAUGUUUGCCAGCAUUAUUUGAUUCAUUCGGAAACCAAAGUCCAGAUGUGAGAAAGGCUGUUGUUUUCUGUUUGGUGGAAAUCUAUAUCAUAUUGGGGAAGUCAUUUUUACCUUAUCUGGAGGGUCUAAGUAGUACACAGCUUCGGUUGGUGACCAUCUACGCAAACAGAAUUUCUCAGGCAAGAUCUGGUGCUUCACUUGAUUCUAACCACUAACACCUUUCUUUUUUUGUUUUAUUUGUUUUGGGUGAGUUGAGGUAUUUGUAUAGUGUAACCAGCCCCUUGGAAUUUUAUCGGUUCCCUGAUUGAUGACUGCCGGAAUGUAGUUUGCUGGAGAGCAUAAAUAAGUUUAUUUACCAUGCUGUAAAGAUCUUAGCUAACGUUAUAAAUAUAUUUAAGCCAUAAGCUGAGAUCUCCCAAUGUAAAGUUGGACAUCAGAGCAAUUGCUCCAGUUUAAUUAACAAUGUGACCAACUAAAGUUGUGAUUGAUCCACUGUAUUUGUCAUCAUACUGGUUUCUGUGAAAUUAUGUACAGAUCAAUUUUACUUUCUCUA